AUGGCACCAGAUCUCGCACGAGCAAUCGUCUCUCGACACCCACAAGACGGGCGUCGACAAUGGAAAAUCGAGGACGUGGAAGUCCACGCCCCAGAUGCUGGUGAAGUUCUGGUCAAAAUCAUCGCCAGCGGUGUCUGUCACACCGACCUAGGCUGCGGUUCCUUUCCAGAUGGAGUGGGAUUUCCAGUUCCUCCUUAUCCGCGUGUUCUCGGCCACGAAGGGGCGGGAUACGUCGUCAACGUUGGGAAGAAGGUCACCAAAGUCAAGCCGGGUGACUCGGUCCUACUUUCCUUUGCCUUCUGCGGUAAAUGUCACAACUGUGAACAUGGGGCACCCGGCUAUUGCGCCCAGUUCACGCCGCUCAAUUUCUGUGGCAACCCAAAGGCGUUCGAGCUGCCCGGCAGUGACAAGGACAGGCCGGCGGUCGGAGGAUCUUUCUUUGGCCAAUCGAGUUUCUCCAAUCUCACAAGAGUCCAAGAGACGUCGGUGGUGAGAAUGACAGAUCUGGUCAAAAACGAGGCCGAUCUGAAACUCUUCGCUCCAUUGGGAUGCGGAAUCCAGACUGGUGCGGGAACGGUUACCGAGAUCGGUGCAGCCCGAGCAUCGGACAAGGUCGCCAUCAUCGGUCUUGGUGGUGUCGGUCUCGCUGCAAUAAUGGCCGCGAGGCACCGAGGAUGCCGCACAAUCAUCGGCAUUGAUCGUAUUGAUGCCCGACUCGAAUUGGCCAAGUCGCUUGGUGCGACACAUAUCAUCAACACCUCGACGGUCGGUGAUGGACUCGAGAAAGCGGUUCGCGAUAUCACGGAGCAAAGUGGUAGCACGAUUACCAUUGAUGCCACCGGAGUCGUUUCCUUGAUCCAACAAGGGAUUGAAUUUACCGCCAACCAAGGAAAGAUGAUCUUGCUUGGUGUGGCUCCCAUGGAUGCGGCUCUCCAAGUGGCUCUAGUCCCCUUCAUGGUGACAGGAAAACAGCUGCUUGGAAGUAUGGAAGGCGGUGUUCGUCCAGCGGAUUACAUUCCUCGAAUGAUCCAAUGGCAUCGCCAAGGCAAUUUUCCCAUCGACAAGCUAGUCAAGUACUACAAGGUGGAAGAAUUCGAAAAGGCAAUCCAUGACAUGGAAGAGGGAAUCACUGUGAAGCCGAUUUUGCUUUGGUGA